ACAUUAUUGGAAUUUUUGUUCGAUUUUCCACCGCACGCUCCAAUUCGCUUCUCAUGUUUGGCUAUAAAAUUUGCCAAUCUGUUCGAUUGAUUUUUGUUUAUCAAUUUAAAUUUCAAAAUCGACAAAUAUUUUCUAAAAUUAAUUUUCCAAUAAUGACUUCCCAGAUAAAGAAACCAUCAUUUAAGCAACGAUCAUAUAAACAAACCAACAACCAGAAUAUGUUGCCCAUAAUGGAUUAUCAAACACGUGCUAUACAAGCCGAUUGUCGAUUGGAUAAUCUUUGUGCUUUGGAUAUUGAUUCGAAACCGAUGAAUUUUCGUCAAAGUGGUAUUGUAUGCACAAUUGGACCGGCCACAAGAGAUGUAUCGAAAUUGGUUGAAUUAAUCAAAUGCGGUAUGACAAUUGCACGAAUGAAUUUUUCACAUGGAACACAUGAGUAUCAUCUUGGUACCAUUCAAAAUGUAAGAGAAGCAGCAAAAUUGUUGGAAGAGAUGAAUAUAGCAAACUUUCCCAUUGCUAUUGCAUUAGAUACAAAAGGUCCGGAAAUUCGAACUGGUCUUCUUGAAGGAGGUCCUACAGCUGAAAUCGAAUUGGUGAAAGGAAAGACAAUCAAAUUGACAACCAAUGAUGAAUUCAAGGAAAAAUGUUCACUUGAAAAUUUAUAUUUGGAUUAUAAAAACAUUGUAAAAGUGGUAUCCAAAGGUAGCCAUGUAUUCGUCGAUGAUGGUCUCAUAUCAUUAAGUGUACAAGAAGUUGGUUCCGAUUAUUUACAAUGUGAAAUUGAAAAUGGUGGUAUGUUAGGCUCGAAAAAAGGUGUCAAUCUUCCUGGUGCAUUGGUCGAUUUGCCUGCCGUUUCCGAGAAGGAUAAACAAGAUCUAGUGUUUGGCUGUCAGAAUCAAGUUGACAUGAUAUUCGCUUCAUUCAUACGUAAUGGUAAUGGUGUGAAAGAAAUUCGACAAAUAUUGAAGGAUAAUAAUUGUGAAUACAUUAAAAUCAUCUCAAAAGUGGAGAAUCAUGAAGGUGUUAAGAAAAUUGACGAUAUCAUACGUGAAAGUGAUGGUAUUAUGGUAGCUCGUGGCGAUAUGGGUAUUGAAAUUCCAGCACAGAAAGUAUUUUUGGCCCAGAAAAUGAUGAUCGCUAAAUGUAAUAUUGCCGGAAAACCUGUCAUUUGUGCAACACAAAUGUUAGAAAGUAUGACUAAAAAACCACGACCAACACGUGCUGAAGUAUCGGAUGUAGCAAAUGCUGUAUUGGAUGGAGCCGAUUGUGUUAUGCUUUCCGGUGAGACAGCUAAAGGUGAUUAUCCAUUCAAUACCGUCGCAACAAUGGCAGCCAUAGCUGUUGAAGCCGAAACAGCUAUACAUUCGAAGCAAUUAUUUGUUGAACUUUGUGGAAAAACUCCUGUACCAACGGAUGUAGCUACAUCAUUGGCUAUUUCCGCUGUAGAUGCAUCGCUUAAAUCAAAUAUUGUUGCCAUUAUAGUGGUUACCAGUACUGGACGUUUAGCUCAUCUUAUAUCGAAAUAUCGUCCACGUUGUCCAAUUAUUGCCAUUAUUGGUGAUGAACGUAUAGCUCGACAAGCACAUUUAUAUCGUGGUAUUAUACCAUAUAUUCAAAGUGAACAGAAUCCCGAUGAUUGUAGUAAAGAUGUACAAGCCGGUAUACAAUUAGGCAAACAAAUGGGCAUAUUACGAUCGAAUGAUUCAAUCAUAAUUGUCAAUGGAUCAACAAUGCGAAUCUCACAAGUUGAUUAAUAAUUACUCUUGCUCUCUAUACCACCACCUACCACCAAAAUCAUCAUCUGAAUAGUUUAAAUUUUUUCUUUUUUUGUGUUUUGCUUCAUUUAGUGUUUUGUUUU